UGACACUGGGAAUAACAGGCAGGCAGUCCCCCGUAUCUCGCAGGAUACCUUGUCAAAGAGCUAAACCGCGAUUCUCAGCCCUUUUGGAAAUGAAGGCUAUAUUUUGUCCAGAUUGAAAAUCGCGCAAAUUUUUUUUUUGGUUGGCUACUUUCAGCUAAUUGAGAAAAGUUGUACUUUUCCAGUUAUUUUUAUUUUUUUUGUUUUGUUUUUGCCUGCUGCAGUUGACGGGAUCUCUUCUCUUUCGUCCGAAUGAUGGCCGAGAACAAGCGCCCGCACGUUAUUUUUUGCAACGACUCCCCCAAGAGAGUUUUGGUGUCCGUCAUCAAGACCACCCCCAUCAAGCCGAGGAAGACCGAGGCGCUGAUGCCGACGAGCCCGGGUUUCAGCGACUUUAUGGUGUACCCGUGGAAGUGGGGGGAGAAUGCCCACAACGUGACUCUGAGCCCGGGGUCUCUGAACGGCGCUUCGUCUCCCACUAGGACCAAGACUGCCGGUGAGGCUGACAUGGCUCCCUCGCCCGACCAGGUGAAGGACUGUAGCAGGCGCGGCCGCCCACGCGCUGACACCGUCCGGGAGCUGAUAAGCGAGGGGGAGACCUCGUCCAGCCGCAUCCGCUGUAACAUCUGCAACCGGGUGUUCCCCAGAGAGAAGUCCCUGCAAGCCCAUAAGAGAACGCACACAGGAGAGAGGCCGUAUCUGUGUGACUACCCCGACUGUGGAAAGGCUUUUGUCCAAAGCGGUCAGCUGAAGACCCAUCAGAGACUGCACACGGGGGAAAAACCCUUCGUCUGCUCUGAGAAAGGAUGUGGCAACCGGUUCACUCAUGCCAACCGGCACUGCUCCAACCAUCCGUACUCCCGACUGAACAGGGAGGAACCAAAGGAGAGUCUGGGAAAAGCCCAGUCUGUGGACAACAAGGCUGUGGCAGAGUGGUUGGCAAAGUAUUGGCAAACCCGUGAACAGCGUGCCCCUGCAACCACCAAGGUGAAACCCCAGGGAAAGGCUGGAGUUGAGGACCAGGAACAGCAGGACCCUAUGGGAUUCCUUCAGUCAGAUGAGGAGAAUGGGGAGGAGGAGGAGAUGGCGGAAGAAGAAAAGGGGAACCAGGGAGGUGCCGCAAAGCGCCGUCUCCAAGAGCAACGGGAGCGUCUCCAUGGCGCUCUGGCUCUCAUUGAGCUGGCCAACAACCUAUCCGCCUGAACUUCCAUUUACCCCCCACCUACCCCACCCCAAGCCCUCCCUAUCCUCUCUCCCAUACCAUCCUUCUGCAAAAAGUGCUGUACGUAGAAAUUACUUCUUGAAACUGAUCAAAGAUGAGCUUAGUUGGCAAACUAGACUACAAGGUGAAAGAGCUGAACUGGCUCUAAAUCUGAAUCAACAAGACGGCAUCCUUUCCCCUGCACAGCACUAGGAGGGUAUAAGCUAAAGCACCUUAAACAGCUUCUUUUUAUCUUAUUUAGGCUGCUAUGAUUGUAGGUUUGAUUACAUGAAGAAUGUUUAUCUUUCCUUUGCCUUCUAAAGGCAGUGAGAGAGAGAAUACCUUUUUGGAUGUUUUUAAUUUGUUUUGUUUGCACUUUGGUAGUAACGAGUUCUUUUUAAGUAUAUUGUGAGUGUAAGAGUGUUUGUAUGACAGAUGUAUAUACGGAUUGAGAUCAGAUGAACAGAACAAUACAGGGUGUUGUCGGAUAGAGGAUAUGUCAGUUGCAUCCCAACUCUUUGAAAUAGCUUCUUUUGUCUUGCACCUCUCUUUCUCAUUACAGUUUUACUUAAACCAAUACUGUUCCCCCCACCCAUAAUUGGCAAGGGCAGGCAGAUAAAAGGAGAGGAAUCUGGUUUAGACUGUUGUGAUGCAGCCAUUGUUAUAAGGGAUAGAGAGGUGGUCAUUGCAAGCCUAAUCCAGAGUUCUGGUUAGGUGAAAGCUUUCUGCAAAAAUCCAGCCAUGGGCAGUUGCACCGCUUACCCAAACUUGACACACUUAGCUGAAACCAAAUGACAUCAUCAGACAGUUGUAAAUGCCCACUCCAAGCCCCCUUGUCCAGCUAUCUUUUUCAAGAUAACUCAGUAAAACAUUGGAAAGAUGCUAUCAAUUACUUUCUCCUAACACUUUUUAAAUCAUGCAAGGUUGAUAGUCAUACAUAUACACUAGCCCUCAUAUUUCCAUCAUUAUGGAAAUUAC